AAUGAAGAUCCGUGUUUGUUUCCGUCUGUCAUCCAUUUUGCUUCCUUUUCAGGAGGAGAUGUUCAGCCUGCAGGACUGCAGCAGACCAGCUGAAGUCAUGCUGUGGGUUUUCUUUCUUGCUGAGUUGGCAUCUGGAUUUGUUCCGCUGAAAUUUAAACCACAUGGUCGAAGCAAAGAAUGACGAUGUUGCCUUCAGGAACCUGUGAUGUUGGCUAUUAUCUCACACUGUCUACUGCACUGCACCUUUACCUUAAAAAAAUCAAAAUAACUUACAGCACUGACAAACAGUAUAGCUGCUUUUUAGUGAAGAAGAUAUUCUUUCUUUAGUUGUUCCUACAGUUUCUGGUCAGUGAUUCGCUACGUCGCUACGCCCCCUGGAAAAAUUAACUGUUUAAUAGUCCAAACGUGUCAUGUUGCGUUCAGUCGUAUGAAAAACAAAAUGCGGCCACUUAUUGAAUUGAUUUCCGGAUUUGGGUUCAUUUUGUUGCGCCGAAUUGUUGAGGCAGAACAUUUUUUUAGGAUCCGUACCAUCAAAAGGAUCAUCGUCAUUUGCAUCUAAUAUUUCCCUACUGCACGUAAACGCUUCAUGAGCGCAGUACCAGCUCAGGCAGAACCAGAGGAAAUUUCAGGUUCGGUUCUGCUGAAAUCUUUGUGUUUGGAGAACGUCUGAGUCAGACUUUGUGUUUAUCAGAUGAGGAUGUGGAGCAGAAAGAGAUGCAGAUGUUUUCUCUGGCCGCUUCCUCUGAAUUUCCAAAUUCAAUGAUGCGUGAGGAUGGAGAAACCUGGGAUGUUUACAGACUGACAUGGCCGACGCCAAACUUCUGUCCUGCUGAAACAAAUCCUCAGUGAUGUAGAAAAAGCAGAGAGAGAAAAACAGGUCAGAGUUCAUCCAGCUGACUGAAGAUGCAGCAGAGCUGAGAAGAUGCUGAGGAAGGUGGUGAUGAUGAGGAGGGUCCUCCAUGUGAAAGGAGAUGUAAUGUGCACACUCGUCCUCCUGGUGGCGCUGUGUUUUCUGCUCUACGCUCGUCAGGUCGUCCUCUCCGCUGCGUGGAGUCGAUCCGUCUGGAAGCUGCAGAUCCACGGAUCCACCAGCUCCAGUCGCUCCCUGCUGGGAUCCAGUUCACACACUGGGAGGAAGGAGGCGCUGCAGUCCCCACUUCAGCCACAGCUGCCUUCCUGUAAACCCCGACUCAAGUCCAAACCUUCCCGGUCCAAAUCCAGCCCUCAGAUCAGAUCCAGGUCACGAAAGAAGAAGGUCAUUCCGACCGCGGCUGCUGGAAAACGGCUGCCGACUCUGCCGCCAUUUGACUUCGAGAGAUAUCUGAGAGAAAAGGACAAAAGGAGCUUUAAUCUGCUCAUCGACCAGCCUGAGAAAUGUCGCAUCAGACGAGAAGAGGAAGGAGGAGGAAGAGGAGGCGCUGUUUCGGCUCCCUACCUGCUCAUUGCUGUGAAAUCUACUGCUGCAGAUUUCGACAAGCGGCAGGUUGUGCGUCGGACCUGGGGGAGGGAGGGGACGCUCCACCCUGGCUGGUCCGUUCGCACCGUGUUCCUGCUGGGGAUUCCCAGAAAUCGCUCCUCCCUGCCUCUGUGGGAUCGGCUGCUGGCCUACGAGAGCCAAGCCUUCCAGGACGUCCUGCUCUGGGAUUUUGAAGACACCUUCUUUAACCUGACUCUGAAGGAAACACAUUUUCUGGAAUGGGUCAACAGCAGCUGUCCUCAUGUGAAGUUCAUCUUCAAAGGCGACGCUGACGUCUACGUGAACGUGGAAAACAUCCUGGAGAUGCUCCAAGACCGAGAGCCGGGGAAGGAUUUGUUCGUGGGGGACAUUAUCAUGAACGCCAAACCAAUCCGCCGUCGCACUUCCAAGUACUACAUUCCGGAGUUUGUGUACGGAGUCGGUCUGUACCCCAGUUACGCUGGAGGAGGAGGGUUUGUGAUGUCAGGACACACGGCUCGAAGGCUGAGCGCCGCCUGUCAGCAGGUGGAGCUGUUCCCCAUUGAUGACGUCUUUCUAGGAAUGUGCCUCCAGCUGAUCGGCGUCAAACCUUUACGCCAUCAGGGGUUUCGCACCUUCGGGAUUCCCCGACCGUCUGCGGCGCCACACCUCCAGACGUUCGACCCCUGCUUUUACCGGGAGCUCAUGGUUGUUCACAGCCUCAGCGUCCCGCAGAUCUGGCUCAUGUGGAGCCUGCUUCACGACCCCAAACUGAGCUGCCACUACAGACCCGUUCAGACGUCUGGACCCUUUAAAUGGAGAGGGAGGGUUGGAGAGUUGGCAGCAGAUGAGGCGGAUUACGGCGAGAAGCCAGUGUUUCUCACACAUUAGUUCCUGCCAGGCGGGCAGAGCUGGAGCUGCUGGUAUCGUGCAGCAUUUGAGGACAGUAGGAAACGAUUUUAUCCAACCAAGCUGACGGUUUACCUGCCAGGAAAUGAAAAGGCAAAGGGGAAAAUCUCUCCCAGCUGACUCUGCAGCGAAACUCCCGGAAUGUAUUGUGACUGUGACCUUUGGGGCCGAUCUGUCCCCAACUUAUUUAUCCACUACCAGAGGGAAAGUCUUUGAUAUGCAGAUACGUUUAUGAAAAGUGAAGGUUUUUUUGCACCACUGAAUUUGUAAAGCUGCUGUCACACUAGCAGCGUUUCCAUUACAAAUGAGCCAAAACUUUAAUUUCACAAUUAGUUGUGU